CUCGGAAACUUUUCUUUUAUUCUGGAAUAUUUCCGCUUCUAUGCUUCAUUUAGCACGAGGUUCCUUUUCGUCUUUGUCUCUAUAAUUUUCAUAUUAGUCAACGAGGUCAGGAUGCAUUAUUCGGAAAAUGCCUCUGUCCAUUCCCCUCAGGAUAGGUCACACGGGCACACCGUUUGCGUGCUUUUUUGAUCUCGCCAUGGCGUACUAUUCGCCGUCGAAAGCCCAAUUCAGGGCUACCUUGCCACCGGCUUUGGAACCCGGUGGGUGUUCUCUUGCCCAUUCGCACUCUCAGUCUCACUUACAGAAAAAUGUGCGUGCACACUUGGGACCAUGGGCACAGUGGGGCCAUACUUCGGCUUCUUUGAAUGGUUGGGAAAUUAUGAAGCGCCCGAGAUUGACGCAUAGUGUUACGACGAGUGAAAGAUAUCACUUCAAUAAAGAGCCUUUGCCGGCGAUUCCUGGUGUUCUAGCGAGGAAGCUAACGAGGGGUAGUAGGAGGCUUGACGGGAGGUUGAGUGAGUAUGGGGAUCCUGUUCCGAGGCCUUGUAUGGAUUUUUCUGGUUCGAAGAGUUACGAUGAUGAUAUGACAAAUGGAAGGGAAACGGUUCACAAAGUGGAAAGGACUCAGUCUUCGCCCGAAGCUAGGACUUUACCUCCGCCUCCUGAUCCGCCCAUGACGAGGUCGGCAACGAAGGUCAUGCAGAGAACGGGCUAUGAUCCUACUAUGGAGAUAAGAGAGCGGAAGAGUCCACAGUCAUCAUUACAUGUAGUCACAGAUAUAUGUGACAAUUCUGAUAGCGAUUAUAGUCAGGAAGAUUGCAUGGAUUCACCUUUAGAUCAACAGGGCCAUGUCAUUGCUUCUGUUCCAGUUUCUCCGAUGCAGAAAGAUGAGAUAACUUUCCACUCUCCCCAAAACAACUAUAGCCAUGCAUCAAGUCCAGCCCCUUCGACACCGAAUUCACUAGUGAUAUCACCGGAAUAUAGAGAACGAGUAUCAAUUUUUAUGCAAGGAAAAGUACCAAAUAAUAAUCAAGGUCCACCCCGCGUCACAAAUCUUGAGGAUUUGAUAGAUCAAGAAAGAAUGAAGUGCGAACAUCACAUUAAUCGUGAAUAUCCACUAAGAUAUGGUCCUCAUAACGACGAUAUCGCACUCAUGCCACUGCCGCUAGCAUUGCCUCUAAAGCAAAGUCGAGAAAGUUAUUUUAGCGAUAGCCCAAAAGAUUGGGAACCACGAACCCCUGUUGCUCCAUUCUUGGGCAGUGGACAGCAGCAGAGCAUGAAUAUAUCCUCUAGAGUCUCAUUUACGUCGUCCAUGGCCACACGAAACAUAACACCGACAGAAGCGAGUGACCCUCAAAGGAAAGGGUUUUCAAGUGGUAAACACCCCAUGAAAAGUCCUUUUCCAUUUCUCUCAAUUCCAAAAGCACCAGACUCUCCAAAAGCCACAGGAUUAAUAGGGUCAUUGGGUGAGAAGUUCUCCGGUGCUUUCAAAAGACUAUCCGGUGGUACGAAAACAGUGUCGAUUGAGAGAAAUGGGGUGAUUCUGAAUGCUAGGAGAAGCGCGACAGGUCCAGAUACACCAAUGCCGAAAAAAUCGGGGUUUAUGGGCAUUAAAGGAGCUCCGGUUGUGAUACAGAAGGGUAGCGAACAUUUUCAUGGUGUGCUAGAGAAGGUAAAAUUGAAGGUUGAUAAGAAAGAGAGGAGGAGGAGGGAAUUGAAGAAACAAAUUAUGGUUGUGGGGAUUAUGGAUCAAACUCCAGGUUCGUUGCUGGUUUCUCAUGUCUUGUUACCAAAGUACUAAUUAUUUUUUGUAAAUAGAUGGGAGGACAUCUGAAUGGCUUUGAUAUUGGAUAUGAAACUAUGCAAAAGCCAAAGGAGUGGUUUGAUUCACGACAGCGGAGCCUUCUCCGAUAGCGUCGACCGGAAUGCAGCUCCAAGAACCUGCUGAAGUUCUCCCUCUCGCAUAGUACUACUAAGUACAUGCGUUGAAAAGGUCAAAAAUAAGCCGAGGUUUUGUUGCACAUCGUUGGUUGUGUUAGAUCGAUA